AUGGUUGGAAGGGUGAGUGAUGGGCUUCCUCUUGCCCAAGGCCCUAGGUAUGUAAAUGAAGAGAACGACAAUUUCCUAUGUUACAAGCAACAAGGUGAGUUCAUACUCAGAGAAAUCUCAAGAGGAGACUUGACACCUACCAAGAUGACAAUUCGGAUUGAUCAUCACUCCUUCAACUACUUGAUUGAGAAUGGUGUCUGCUUCAUGACAUUGUGCGAUUCUUCGUAUCCAAGAAAGCUAGCUUUCCAUUACCUACAAGAUUUGCAGAAGGAGUUUGAGAAAUUUCACCAUAGCCUCCUAAUUCAGAAAAUUUCAAGACCAUAUAGUUUUGUUAAAUUUGGUAAACUCUAUAACCCUACUCUCUUAAAUGGUGCCUGCCAUAUAUAUAUGCAUGGAAAAUUGGCAGUUGGUGUUCUUGGAGCAUCUGUUCAGAUAAAAGGGAAAAAUUACAAACAAAAUGUUUUUGUCUUAGCAACUUGUGUUCAACUUUGGUCUGCAGAUGGUGUUAUUGGGAAUAUUAGGAAGCAAUAUAUUGAUACAAGAACUCAGACUAAUCUAUCGAAACUAAACGCAAAUCGAAAGAAAGAUUUAGAGAUCAUUACAGAACACAUAUCAGAAAUUCUGCAAAGAAAAAGAAAUUCAGAAAUCUCUGAAAGACUACCGGAGACUCCUCGAACUGUCUCUCCUAUCUGGAGCUCUCCAUUGCUAGAGGUAUGCUCAAUUAAUAAAGAGACAGUGUAG